AUGGCUUUUGUGGGCACACAAAGCGUAUCCUGCUCUUCUUCUUCUACCACAUCUGGAUUUAAAUACGAUGUCUUUCUUAGCUACAGGGGUAGUGACACCUGUAAAAAUUUCACAGACCAUCUAUAUGCUGCUUUGAAGCAGAAGGGUAUAUUCACAUUCAGGGAUGAUGAAAAACUUGAGCGAGGAACAUUCAUUGAUCUAGAGCUCUUGAGAGUAAUUGAAGAAUCAAGAUUUGUUGUUGUCGUUAUCUCAGAAAACUACACUUCAUCGAAUCCUAGUGAUGUGAGGAAUCUGAAGAAUACUUUUGGAGAAGCCUUUGCUAAACAUGAAGAGUUUUUCAAAGAUAACAUAGAGGAAGUAUAUAGAUGGAAAGCUGCUUUGACACAAGUUGCUAAAAUUGCUGGAUGGGAUUUACGAGACAAACAUGAGGCAAACGUUGUUGAAGAAAUUGUUAGAAAGAUAUCUAAUAAACUGAUUUCUACAUACUUAAUUGUCCACAAGGAUUUUGUUGGAACAAACUCUCGUAUGGAGGAACUGGUGAAUUUAUUAGGCAUGGGGUUGAAUGAUAUUCGCUUUAUAGGGAUUUGGGGAAUACAGGGAUUGGGCAAAACAACUCUAGCACAAGUUGUUUAUGAUAGAUUUCGUUAUUAUUUUGAUGGCAGCAGCUUUCUUGUCAAUGUUAGAGAAGAAUGUGGAAAACAUGGUUUAGUUCAUUUACAGAAACAGCUUCUCUUUGAUAUCUUGAUUGAAAGAAAUAUUAAUUUUUCAGAUGUUCAAUGGGGAAGUAAUGUGAUAGAGAAAAGAUUAUGUAAUAAAAGUGUUCUUAUCGUUCUUGAUGAUGUGGAUCAACUUGAUCAAUUAGAAGCGUUAGCAAGCGAGCGAGUUUGGUUUGGUCAAGGGAGUAGAGUCAUUAUAACAACAAGAGAUCAACAUCUAUUGAUCAAACAUGAUGUGGCUAGAGCUGAAAUAUACAAGGCUAAGGAAUUGAAUAGUGAUGAAGCUCUUCAGCUCUUUAGUCGAAAAGCCUUCAAGAAAGACCAUCCUUUAGAAGGUUAUGUGGAGUUGUCCAAGAAAGCGAUAUGUUAUGCUCAAGGCCUUCCUUUGGCUCUUAAUGUUUUGGGUCCCUUCUUGAAACAUAGAAGCCCUGAGCAUGGGAAAGUGCCCUAGAUAGACUAGAAGAAACUCCUCCAAAAAAAGUUCUGUAUACACUCCGGAUAAGUUUUGAUGGCUUGGAAGAAACAGAGAAAAAAAUAUUUUUAGAUAUUGCUUGUUUCUUCAAAGGAGAAGAUAAAGAUCAUGUAACAAAUAUGCUACAAACUCCCCGUUACAGGCCAAGCAUUGAUAUAGAUGUUCUAGUGGAAAAAUCUCUCAUAACCA